AUGGACCCUCAGCAACACUACGGGUCAUCACACCCCUCCGACCAACCCACCACCCGCACCAUCUUUCCCAAAGGGCCGGUCUUCAGUCUCGACGACUUCUCCAGCCGGGAUUUUAUAGCCAAGGACUUCAUCGAAUCCUUGACUGAGGGCGUACAGUCCGCCCAUCGCCGCUCCCAUGGCACCGCCAACGCACCUUUCGACCCCAAGCCCUUGAUCCGCGCAUUCGAGCAGGCCUCACGACGUCUCGACGAAUUGUCCGGCGAAUUGGAGCAGCGCGAGAAUGAGCUGUCCGCUGCCGUGAGAAGAGCGGAAGCACAACACUCGAGCAACACCGAGACACUGGGCCGGAAGCUCAAUUCCACCAUCGAGAGCUUUCAGAAACUGGAUACGUCCUUGAAGAGCGACAGAGGCGAGAGAUGGGGUGGAAAUGUCGCUGUGGAAACCGGGCGGAGAAUCGAAGAGCUGGAUCGACAGAGACGAAAAGCCCUGGAUGCGCACUUCUUGAUCGAGUGCUGGGAUGAGGUCAGUAACCGUGGCGAGGUCACCCUCUUGGAGAACCUGAGAAGAUCCGGCACGGGAGAAGGGAAGAUCAGGUCGGCCAAUAUUGCUCGUCAGCUGCUGAGGAUCAGCCAACGACUCGAUCCCCGAAGUCAUGGACAAGCCAAUGGCGUAGCCACAACCAAGCAGGUCGGGAUCACGAACGGGGUGACGGGAAGCAGGAAUUUCAACACCCGAGAAGUCAUUGAGAAAUUCAUCGAGACCCUCGAGAACGAUAUGCUCAAGCUGUUCGACGACUUCUACCGACGACAGAACUUCGAAGAGAUGAAGAACUGUGCGAUCGUGUUGCAAGACUUCAACGGCGGAGCGUCCGUCCAGGCGGCCUUUGUCAACCAGCACCAGUUCUUCAUCGAUCGAAGCAAUCUCAUGACUGAGGAGAUCGGUGGAGACCAGGAGACCUGGAUUCGACUCUCUGAUCCAGACGCCGAGUUGCCCGGCGUCGAACCUGGCCUGCAGUCGUUGAUAGACGAAGUCAAGGUCGUGGUCCAGGAAGAGUCGGUCAUCAUCAAAAGAGCAUUUCCCUACCCAGAACAAGUACUGGGCAAAUUCGUCCAGAGAGUGUUUCAGCAAUCCAUCCAGCAGCGGCUAGAACUGGUGCUGGAGAAGGCAGAGUCCGAAUCCACACUUGCCUACCUGAGGUCUCUACAAGCGGCGAGAAGCUACAUCAGCGUCCUCGUCGAAGAUUUGAAGGCGCAUGGGCUGACAGAGCAUCCUGAUCCGGUGACUUCCCAGACGAGUCAACUACUUGAUCAGCAACUCGAUGAACUAUUCACCCCUUACUUUGGUGGCUCAGCAUACAUCGACAAAGAGAAACACAAUCUCCAAGAACUCUACAAAUCACUUCUUUUCAAAUUCGAGCUCUUCCACUCUCGACGCCAAAAAGAACCGAAGACUUAUCUCGCCGCAAUCCGCAAUCGAGGCCAGGAGCUUCUCGCCUCGGCCAGAGAAGCCACUGACGCAUAUGUUAAGAGUCUGGACCUGGAGAAGAUGUCACCCACGCAAAAGAGGAUUCUGUUGAGCGUUGCCGGUCUCCAAAGUACGGGUGGCGACGACAAAUCACAACCAGACGUGGAAAUUGACGAGGAAGAUGGGAGGUUAAAUGUUGCAUUCGCAAAGAGAAUGCUCAAGUGGCUUGCUGAAGGAGUCAGACGAGGUCUCGAAUUGGGUGGUGGCGCCGAAACGCCAAAGGAUGUUGCUGCCCUCCUCACCCUCGUCUUAAAGAACCUGCUGGAGUCGUACGUCGAAGUCUCCCUGGAAGCUUGUGCAGACCUGGCUUCAUCUCUCGAAAAUACACGACGAGAACCCGAUCUCUCUUACCUUUCCAAUCUUCGCACAGCUGUGCACAUCGCCCACCUGGUGCAGUCCUGCAUCAACACCCUCCUCAUCCCCUUGGCCAGCUCGUCAUUGACCACGCGGCGAGAGAUGGAGAAAGCGGCCCGUGCGGCGACCGUCCGCAUUGAGGAUCAAAUCAAUAACAUUGAACAAGCCACCAUCGACGGCGUGCUCAACUGGACGUCAAGGUUACUUUCCAAUCAGAACCGCGUCGACUUCCGCCCCCGGCAGGAGACGGAGGCGCCGAGCUUGGAACAGCCUCAAACGCCGACCUGCGACAGCGUGUGCCGGUUCUUGGCCGUGUUUCACGAAACUGCCGCGCAAAGCUUUGACGGGGCGAAUCUCAGUGUGUUGUUGAUGGAAGUUGCCGUGGGCUUCCGCAGUCAACUGCUCCAGCACUUCACCAAGUACCAGGUCAAUAGAAUUGGCGGUGUUAUGCUGGCGCGAGACAUGUCCCGCUAUGUCCAGCUUCUCCGAUCGUGGGAACUCGGCGGCGGCGCCAGCGGCGAGAGCGCCAACAUCGACGCCGAUGCGGUCAGCGGUGGUGCUUCCUUCAAGAACAGUCUUGAGGUGCUGAGCGAGCUUGCUAGCGUAUUUGUACUGCAUCCCGACGCAUUGAAGGAGAGAUUGAGAGGGCCGGUCCUGGGCAACCUUGGGAAGGAGAACCUCAGGCCGUAUCUGCUCAAGCGAGAUGAUUAUUUGGAGGUGGGCAUGCAGAGUCUCUUGGCGUCCUUGUGA